GUCUUCAAGAUCAAUAUGCUUUGCUUGAACAGCAUGCUGUGGUUCCAUGCUUUCUUGGAAAUACACAGAAGCAUUUGCCUUAUCAGGUUAUUCUUCUGGAGAAAAAUGGAAGUUUACUUGAACUCCUUCUUGGACUUCCCUUUCAUAUUGUUUUACCUUUGGGUUGGAAUGACAUUAUCAUUGAAUCUUGAAGACCCCAAUGUUUGCAGCCAUUGGGAAAGUUAUUCAGUGACAGUACAGGAAUCAUAUCCACAUCCCUUUGAUCAAAUUUACUACACCAGCUGUACUGACAUCCUAAAUUGGUUUAAGUGCACACGACACAGAAUUAGUUAUCGUACAGCUUAUCGGCAUGGAGAAAAAACCAUGUACAGACGUAAAUCCCAGUGUUGUCCUGGAUUUUAUGAAAGCAUGGAAAUAUGUAUUCCCCACUGUGCUGAUAAAUGUGUCCAUGGACGCUGCAUUGCUCCAAACACCUGUCAGUGUGAGCCUGGCUGGGGUGGAACCAACUGCUCCAGUGCAUGUGACCGAGACCACUGGGGUCCUCACUGUAGCAGUCGCUGCCAGUGUAAAAACGGAGCCUUGUGCAAUCCUAUCACAGGAGCCUGCCACUGUGCAUCAGGCUUCAAGGGCUGGCGCUGUGAAGAUCGUUGUGACCAGGGCACCUAUGGAAAUGACUGCCACCAGAAGUGCCAGUGUCAGAAUGGAGCAACCUGUGAUCAUGUAACUGGAGAAUGUAGAUGCCCUCCUGGAUAUACUGGAGCCUUCUGUGAGGAUCUUUGCCCUCCUGGCAAGCAUGGGUCACAGUGUGAAGAGAGAUGUCCCUGCCAAAAUGGAGGAGUGUGUCAUCAUGUCACUGGUGAAUGCUCUUGCCCGGAUGGCUGGAUGGGCACAGUGUGUGGUCAGCCUUGCCCCGAAGGUCGCUUUGGAAAGAAUUGUUCCCAGGAGUGCCAGUGCCAUAAUGGAGGGACCUGUGACUCAGCCACAGGUCAAUGUCACUGCAGUCCAGGCUAUACUGGAGAACGGUGCCAGGAUGAGUGCCCAGUUGGAACAUUUGGAAUGCAGUGUUCUGAGAUUUGCCAGUGCAUGAAUGGUGGGAAGUGUUACCAUAUCAGUGGGGCCUGUCUCUGUGAACCUGGCUACACCGGACAGCACUGUGAGGCAAGGCUGUGUAAUGAAGGGGUCUAUGGCAUCAAAUGUGAUAGAAAAUGUCCCUGUCAUCUGAAGACUACCCAUAGCUGUCAUCCUGUUUCUGGAGAAUGUUCUUGCAAACCAGGCUGGUCUGGCCUCUACUGCAAUGAGACCUGCGCACCUGGAUUCUAUGGGGAAUCCUGUCAACAGCUAUGCAGCUGCCAGAAUGGUGCUGACUGUGACAGUGUGACGGGGAAAUGCUUCUGUGCCCCUGGAUUUAAGGAUUCUACUUGUUCUACUCCUUGUCCUCUAGGGACUUAUGGAAUAAACUGUUCUUCUCAGUGCAACUGUAAAAAUGAUGCCACUUGUUCUCCAGUAGAUGGUUCUUGUACUGCAAAGCAGGGUUGGCAUGGUGUGGAUUGCUCCAUCAACUGUCCCAGUGGCAAAUGGGGCUUUGGCUGCAAUUCAACCUGCAAAUGCCUAAAUGGAGGAGCUUGCAGUGCUCUGGAUGGAACCUGUACCUGUGCUCCUGGAUGGCAAGGGGAGAAAUGUGAAUUUGCUUGCCAGGAUGGAACAUAUGGGCUGAACUGCAUGGAGCGUUGUGACUGUAGUCAUGCUGAUGGCUGCCAUCCCACCACUGGCUAUUGCCACUGUCUCCCUGGAUGGUCAGGUAUCCAUUGUGACAGUGUGUGUGCUAAAGGGCACUGGGGCCCAAACUGCUCCCUGCCGUGUCACUGCAAAAAUGGGGCAUCCUGCUCACCUGAUGAUGGGAUCUGUGAGUGUGCACCAGGUUUCAGAGGCAGCACUUGUCAAAGAAUUUGCUUGCCUGGUUUUUAUGGACACCGUUGCAGCCAGAAAUGUCCUCAGUGUGUGCACAGCAGUGGACCAUGCCACCAUAUCACUGGACUGUGUGACUGCUUACCUGGUUUCACAGGAGCUCUUUGUAAUGAAGUUUGUCCCAGUGGCAGAUUUGGAAAAAAUUGCGGGGGAAUUUGCACAUGUACAAACAAUGGAACCUGUAAUCCCAUUGACAGAUCUUGCCAGUGCUACCCUGGCUGGAUUGGCAGUGACUGCUCUCAACCCUGCCCACCUGCCCACUGGGGUCCUAACUGCAUACAUACUUGCAACUGCCACAAUGGGGCUUAUUGCAGCGCCUAUGAUGGAGAAUGCAAAUGUACAGCAGGCUGGACAGGUCUCUACUGCACCCAGAGGUGUCCUCUGGGGUUUUAUGGAAAAGAUUGUGCAUUAGUAUGCCAAUGUCAAAAUGGAGCUGAUUGUGACCAUAUCUCAGGACAAUGCACUUGCCGCACUGGAUUCAUGGGGAAACACUGUGAACAGAAGUGUCCCUCAGGAACAUAUGGCUAUGGCUGUCGGCAGAUAUGUGACUGUCUAAACAAUUCUACUUGUGACCACAUCACAGGAACUUGUUACUGCAGCCCAGGCUGGAAGGGUACAAGAUGUGAUCAAGCUGGUAUUUUAAUAGUUGGGAACUUGAACAGUUUAAGCCGAACAAGUACUGCUAACCCUGCAAAUUCUUAUCAGAUCGCAGCUAUUGCAGGCAUUAUUAUUCUUGUCCUGGUUGUACUCUUCCUGCUGGCACUGUUCAUUAUUUAUAGACACAAACAGAAGGAGAAAGAAUCGAAUAUGCCUGCAGUUACCUACACCCCUGCUAUGAGGGUCAUCACUGCAGAUUAUACUAUUUCAGAUACCCUUCCUCAGACUAAUGCCGGAAACACUAACAAUCAUUAUUUUACCAAUCCCAGUUACCAUACACUCACUCAGUGUUCUACAUCAGCUCAUGUCAACAACCAAAAUAGGAUGACAAUUGGAAAGUCAAAAAACAACCAGAUAUUUGUGAACGUAAAAAAUGUGGAUCCUGGAAAGCGAGGGCCUGUUGUGGACUACACAGGAACACUCCCAGUUGACUGGAAACAUGGCGGCUUCCACAAUGAGCUUGGUGCUUUUGGACUUGAUAGAGAAUACAUGAGGAAAUCCUUAAAAGAUUUAGUAAAGAAUUCUGAAUAUAAUUCAAGCAGCUGUUCGCUAAAUAGUUCUGAAAAUCCAUAUGCUACUAUUAAAGAUCCACCAGUACUCAUACCUCAAAAUUCAGACAGUGGCUACGUGGAAAUGAAGUCACCAGUACACAGAGACUCUCCAUAUGCUGAGAUCAGUAGCUCAGCUUCAGCUAAUAAGAAUGUCUAUGAAGUUGAACCCACAAUGAUUAUUGUACAAGAAGUAUUAAGCAAUAAUGGACCUCUCAGCCAGGAUCCAUAUGACCUUCCAAAGAACAGCCACAUUCCAUGUCAUUAUGAUUUAUUACCAGCUCGAGAUACUUCAUCAUCUCCUAAGAAAGAAGUCACUAGCAGCAGCAGCAGUGAAUGAUGACAUUUUAUUGGACAUGGUAGAACAUUUUUAAGAACUCUACUUUAAUUCUCCUCCUUGUAAUUUGUCACCUUAUUUGGAUGCUAAUCAAUGUGAUAGACAAAUGCUAAAUAUUAACAAGAAUCUCACAAUUUUAUACUUUUUGAAGUGCUUAGUAGGUGACAGACAGACUGAGGAGAUGCUAGUGUUCUCACUCAUGGCUGUUGAUCUUUAGCUGCACAAGAAGCAAAUUAACAUCAUAACACACAAUCUAAAAGCACUCAUUUGCAGAUGAACUUCACACAGAAGUUGCAGUGAGCACAAAAAACAGACCUUGUCUGUCUUCAACUUCCUCCUUCCCACUGUAGAGCUAUAUGCAGGAUUAUGCAGUCUUUCAAAUAACUUAGUUCUAAAAGGUAAUUUGAAUCACUAAACACCCAGAGAAAAAAACAGGCCUGCUGAAUCUAGCUGUGCUGCCAGAUUUCUAUGGAGUGGCCUAACAUAUUGAUAGGUUAUAUUAUUCUAGGAAAGGCUUGUGAUAACAUGAACCUGACAGUCUGCAAAUAAUUACAAGAUACAAAUAAAAAGUGAACAAAAGUAUGAAAAUACCAGAUCUAGACUAGGUUGCAGAAUAUACAACCUAGAAUGGUUUUUAAUAGCAAAGAUUACAAAGAACAGCCUUAUGGAUGCACCAGGAAGCGGUAUUUUGUAUUUAGAGGUUUGAAUCUAAGGACAGUUUAGCACUAUGACAUUCUCUUCUAGUCACAAAUCCUAUGUGCAGCUCCACUAAUAGAAAUCCAUUAACAUAGCAGCAGUUAUUUCAUAAACAUGUAAAUGAAUCAUUUUAUUUUUUGACAAAAUGGAUUGAAUGUGUGCAUGAAAUGAAGCAGGACGUGAUGAAUGCUGUAAACUUAUAGGAAAAAGUUUAAGUUUUGUAACAUUCGUGAUAUAGAAUAAUUAUAAAGAGUUUGGAUAAAUUCUUUUCCAUAGAAAUGACUGCAAGAUCUCUGUUCAUAUGUGUCCAAAAAAAGUUAUUGAUAGUUGAUUAUAGGAUAACUAUGCUUAAGCUGGUCUUUUGCAUGGCUAAUAACUUGAUAUGUAACCAUUUUUUCCACAAAAAAAUUUUUUUAAUUGUGUAUUUUAAACUAUGUUUUAUGGUGACUGAAUUGUUACUGAAAAAAUGUUGUAUGUUAAUUUUUCUUGUGUUUUUGAUACUCAUCUUUUGUUUAGUCUGGAAAUACUUCUAUCAGAGGAGAGGGUUGUCAGUUGGCAUUGAACAGGAGCUUUAAGGUGGCCUCUCAACAGAGGUAGUUUAGAAAGACCUAUAAAUCUGUCACAUGAUUUUCUCUUCUAGGACUCCCUGGGAAGAAUUGUAUGACUAAUAUGGGAAAAAUUUUACUUAUAUCAGAGGGCUAUGCUAUUGUAUUAGUGACAUAAUAGCAAUGUGCAACUUACUUAUAACUGCAUUUUCCAACCCUCCUUGAUGAUCCUUUUUAGGAUACAGAAUAUUAUACAAGAAAACUAUGUUCUCUUUCUAGGUAAAAUCUUUUGAUUUUCUUAUCCAUCAAUGGUGUGUUAAUGAACAAGGAACUCCCUGAGAUAGAACAAUGUGUCAUAAUUGAUAGGUUUCCAAAGUUGGUAAGAUUUAGAAUCUAUAUAAUGGUUCAAUCAUUAAUCAGUCAACAUAUUUCUCUAGAGCCCACUAUGGGUGAUCAUUGCAUUGGACAUUGUAAGGAUUAAAAAAACAUUCUUUUCCUCCUAGUCCCUCCUGUAGCUUAAAAUUCACAUCCCAGAAUCCUAGGGAGAUUUGGGCCUGAGGGUGAUAGAAUAGAACUACAUACAUAUUUAACUUUUAAAAUUAGGAUGAAUUGCCUAAGCAUAGUCUCCUCCCCCUUUACCUGCACCGCUUCCACAGAAUCAAUGGAUUUCCUAUAGGAUUCUGACAUUGUAGGAAUCUGACUUCUACAUAAUUUGGAAUCCAAUGACUUUUUUCCACAGUGGCUAACCAGUAGAGUCUCAAAAGGACAAGCAAGUCUGUCUGUGUGAAAUGUCAGGAGCUGUACAUGAGGCCAGAAGGUUGAUUCUGUUAAAAAGAUAAUUUUUAAAAAAGAAAUUCUUCAAAAAUCCAUUAGGGACUCAAAAUGAUUGCCUCAGUCUCUGGAAAUAGGUCAGGAAACUAUGUUUCUUUUUUCAUCACAUAGUUGGAAAUGAAAAGUGUAUGCUUAAAGACAUCAGCAUCAAGUUUGGCAAAUAGAUGUGGAUAUAAGAGCUACUGCUGACCUGUAAAAUUCUGUAAUGAAUAUACUGUUUACGAUGACUGUUUCACUGAAUAAUUAGUCAUACACUUGAAAAAAUAUAAGAUACUUUCAAGACAUUAUAGCUUCAGAAUAAAUCAAACCAUUUCAUAGAUGUUUCAGAGCCAUUCUGUCUUCUAGGGGGAAAUAAGAUUUUCUGGUCACUUAUAUAUACUUAUAUGUAUUAGAUAGAGAAUGCCUGUUGUUCAAAUGACAGUGAAAUUGAGCUAUAACAAGUUUCAGAUCUGAAAAUAUAAACCUCUGAGGGUUUUCUUCAGUCAUGUUGAAUUUAAUUUAGCAAUGAUGUCACCAAAAUAGUCUUAUAUAAUGUAAAGAUAUUUUUCAUAAUGUGUGAACCCCUGUUUAUUUCUGACAUUAAAAAGUCUUCCUAUCCUGUGGUAACUUAAGCCAGAGGUGUCAGACUUGGGCUACAUGAGGCCUGAAGAUCUCCCAGGUGGGUCCAGAACCAGAUCAAAAUGUAACUGGCAAAUGUUUAACAAAAUAAAUAAAAAUACAACAAAGUAUAGAUAAUGUUAACUUGUGGUUUUCUAAGUCAAUACAUGACCCUUGGGGACCAAUUUCUAUUUGUUUGAUAUCAGACAUAAACUGUUAAAAAUGCUUGGUGAGACCUACCAUAAGACAUUACCUCAUCAAUCAUUAAGGCUAACCAAACUAUUAAUCUUUGCCUACACAUAAAUGGAUUGUCAUGUAAACAAAUUAUUCCUAUGCAUUUAUAUAUAUGUACAUAUGUAUAAAUGGGCUUAAGAAAUAAAUGCUCACAUCAUUUCAAUGAGACAAAAAAGCAUAUGCUCAGUUAAUUUUAUGAGGAAAAUCAACUUUAUGUAAUCAUUCACAAGAUUUAAUAAAACUAC